CCAAAAACCAUGGACUCUUUUUUCCGCCUUAACCUGUGCCAAUGGUUUUUUCACUUCCCUUCCAACUAUAUAGAGACCCACCAACUCCUUCCUCUUCCCCAAUCCAUCAACACAGAGCACUAACACACUCAUCUCUUUCAGCCUCUCUCUUCCCCAUCUCAACCAAAUCUCAAAAUAUGAACGCUACAAGGAAAGCUUGGAUCGUGGCUGCCACCAUUGGCGCAGUUGAAGCACUCAAAGAUCAAGGCAUUUGCAGGUGGAAUUACACUAUUAGAUCUAUACAACAAUACGCCAACAACAAUAUAAGAUCCUUCAAGAUGCUUCCUUCUUCUGGUUCUGGAUCGUCUUCUGGAUCUGCGUCUGUUUCUGCUUCUGGGUCUUCCUCAAUGCUGCUACCAGCAGCUGUGUCUAAUGAGAGUAUGAUUAAGUUGAAGAAACAAGAGGCUUCUGUGGAGAAAGUAAUGGCUUUGAGCUGCUGGGGUCCCAGUACUACUAGAUUUUAGUGGCCAUAUAUAUUCAAAUUGAAUUUUUAUGGUUUAUGUUAAUAUAACUUUUCUUUUGCCUUGCAAUGAUUAUCAAUUUUGAUCCAUCAUUAUAAGGAAAGAAAUCAUUGUGGGAUUCCUAUAUCUUAAUGAAAGAAGUAGAGUUCAUUUCUUGAUUUCA